AUGGAAGCCGCUCGAACACGAUCAGCAUCCAAUCCAAACGUCGAAUGGCUGAAUAGUCGAGGCAUUUGGAUAACCUAUGUUCUCUUUAUAUUAUUGGAACAUUUUUUCUUCCUAAGUAUUCCUGUUUUAACGGUACCCCAAGCUUGGACAUUGACGUUUACCUUUCACAAUGUGUUUACCUUCUUCCUAUUCCAUGUCAUGAAAGGUACACCCUUUGAUACGUUUGAUCAAGGUAAAAGCAGACAGUUAACACAUUGGGAACAAAUCGAUUCUGGAGAACAAUUUACUAGGACCCGAAAAUUCUUAAUUAUGGUACCGAUUGCAAUGUUUAUGCUGACUAGUUUCUACACCCGCUACGAAGUCCAGCAUUUCUUAUUUAAUGCCACCACGUUAUGCUCUGUGAUCAUACCCAAGCUACCGGCACUGCAUACUGUACGCAUUUUUGGCAUCAACAAGUAUAAUAACUUAAUGGAUUAA